CCUGACUUCUCGUCAGUCGUCGUUCAAGAUAUUGUUACGCGCGCACGCUUUUACGUACGCCAGCGCUCGCCGCAACAUUUCCUGCGAGAAAAACUAAGGAGCUGGAAGGAAGGAGCAAUUUGUUUUCCCCCUCCUUUUGCAAACAAAAAAAAAAGAACGGAAAACGGAGCAUCUAGGGGGCAUCGGCGCGCCUUGCCGCACAAUUUCGUUUCGAAUCGUGCGCGCAUAGAGGCGCGAGUGGAGAGGAAGGGACAAAGGGGGACUUUGAAAGGGGAUGGGGACGGUGAGUGAAAGAGAGACGGAGAGAGGGGAAGGGCGGUCGGUGUGAUUGACAGUUGGUAGUUAGUGUCGCUUCCUCGAUACGCGACGGCAGUUUGUAUAAGUUGUGCACGUUGGCGUUGCCGAAAGUGCCUUUUCGUUCUCCCGGUGUUUCUGUAAGAAAAAGAAGAGGGGUAGGGUGAGAAGCAAAAGAGGGAAAGAUUAUCGUUUUUUCGAGUAAAAUAAACAUUGGUUAGCGCAAUUGCAAGUUCAUCUUGACACACGCAACAAAAAUUUCCGUUCAAGUCGAAAAAAGUUGAAAAAAUCGCAACCUCUGUUUCAGAAUUUUAACUUUUCUAGCGAAGUCUCAGGCAAGAGAAUAAUUGAAAAAAGAAGUCAAAGCGGAAGCGACAAAAUAUAGAGAUUUCAAAGAAAGCGGAAAGAGCGGCGGAGCGCGCGAAAACUCUCGUUCUCUCUCUCUCUCUCUCUCUCUCUCUCUACGUUUCAUUGGCUUGAUUGCUAAAUGAUUGACGCGAAACGUGAGAGACGUGAAACCGCCAAUCUCUCGCAGAAGGAACUGGAACACACGUUGCGAACUCGUCCAACGUGGUUCGGUGACCGAUCUCGCCCGUAGAAACAUCGAGGGAAGGAAGAAGAAGGAUCCGUGGCGAGAGAGCGAAGAGAAAGGAGAGGAGACAGAGUUACGGCGGAAAAAGAAGGACGGCGAAAGAAGGGCACGAGCGAAAGGGAAAGACGAAGACAAAGCGAGAGGAGGCGAAGAGAAGGGGCGCUGUGUGCGUGUGUGUGUGUGCGGCGACGGCGCGACGGAGCGUCUGAAGAGAAGGUAGGACGGAAAGACGGGUGAAGAGAAAGGAGGGAGGCAGAGGAGGUAUACCCCGCGUGUGGACAAACGUGCAUUCUCGUGUAUGCUGGCUCGUGUGUCUCUCUCUCUUGUUUCGUUUUACUGCUUUCGUUCGUACGAGAGCGUGCGUUGGAUGAGCUACGCUCGUUAGUGCCGGUUGAUGGUAUAACGUCUUCGUGAUCCGUCGUUGUGAAACCGUUGUAGAAUUUGCCGAAGAACAAUAUUGAAGCUACAAGAGAGAGACUUUACUUUCGCGCGUCUUCGAAGUAUCCUCCUUUCCACGUGGUUGGUAUACCGGUUGCGGCUGUCUUCAAGGGGUUGUUGCGGGAACCCCCCUGUUGUGCGUCGACGUUUGUCUUCGUAGAUUGAAGAAGCUUAUCAAGGACGCGACCAUGAGUCUGUAUAAACUUCUAGCGGGGCUAGGUCAGUAUCUGAAGCGACAGGAAGUCGGCACGGACUCUAUGGUGUUUCGGAUGCACAAUAUCUUCACCACCGUGCUGUUGUUCACGUGCUCGGUCAUACUCACGGCCACCCAAUACGUCGGUAAUCCGAUCACCUGCCUUGUCGAGGGUUUGCCCAAACAAGCUGUCAACACGUAUUGUUGGAUAACAUCCACCUUCACGAUGCCGGACGCGUUUGAUCGACAGGUCGGCUUAGAAGUUGCUCAUCCAGGAGUCGCGAACGAUUUCGGAGAUGUUGAAGCGAGAAAAUAUUACACUUACUACCAGUGGGUCUGCUUCGUGCUGUUCUUCCAGGCGCUUUUCUGUUACGUGCCGCAAUGGUUGUGGAAUAACUGGGAAGGCGGGCUGAUGCAGGCGCUGGUCAUGGGAUUGAAUUACGGAAUAGACGAGAAGGAAAAUAUAGAAAAAAAGAAAAAUACUCUCAUGGAGUACUUGCGGCUGCACAUCAAGUGUCAUAACACGUACGUGUAUCGGUACUUCGUCUGCGAGGCCCUUUGUCUAAUCAACAUAUUCGCUCAGCUUUACUUUAUGAACCGAUUCUUCGACGGCGAAUUUCUCAGCUACGGUCUACGAGUGCUACAGAUGUCGGAAACGCCGCAAGAGGAGCGAAUUGAUCCCAUGGUCUACGUGUUCCCGCGAGUCACCAAGUGCAUCUUCCACAAAUACGGUCCUUCGGGCACGAUACAAAGACACGACUCACUCUGCAUUUUGCCGCUCAACAUCGUCAACGAGAAGACGUAUAUUUUCAUUUGGUUCUGGUUUAUUUUACUAGCUAUCAUGCUGAUCGGUCUGAUAGUUUACAGAGCGACCAUCAUUUUCGUGCCGUUAGUACGAUCGAAACUGAUGCAUCUUUCGGCGAGAUUGCUGCCGAUCGAGAUCUGUCGAAGCGUCAGCGCAAAAGUCGACCUCGGCGAUUGGUGGAUACUUUACAUUUUGUCGUCUAACAUGGAUUCUCUGAUUUACAGAGAUUUUCUUAUGGAAUUUACAAAAAAGAUGGGCAACGCCAGCUCGAAGGCUAUGACCGCGUAAAGAGUAAAGCAUUUUCGUUUGCCGUACAUGUAUAAUAAAUAUGAGAAUUAUAAUUAGUUUAAAAUUAAAGAACUGAUUCUCACAUCGCGGCAAGCUUUUGUUUUUCUCUCAUUCGCGCGUUUCUGCAUCUUUGCAUUAUUGCUAUAUCAGAGAAUUCACCUUAAUGUUUAAAUUUUUUGUACAAGUACUUUAUUAACAACUACUGCGUAGUAUUAUGUUACGCGAAAAGAAUUGCGAAAUUUAAUUUGGGCUUGAUUUUGGUUUUGAUUCGGAUUUGAUUUAACAUAUUGUUGUCUUAUGUUUAAAACAUAAAAUGCAACGCUACUCGAUAUAAAGUGUAAAGAAAAACAAAGAGAUAUAAAUAAAUUUAUUACUUAAUAUUUUUUUUUGUUUAUUAAAACUUCUUUGGAAACUUAGAACAAUAUCUUGAAUCGUGUGCGUGUAAUUAGUCCUUUCUCGCGUGUGAAAUACAAUUUAAAAAAUAAAUUUAUACAAAUUUAUACAAAUUUUGACAGAAAUAAUCGAACAAGUCUUCUUUCCUAAAGUUGGCGUUGCCAUAAGAAAGAAAAUAGCUUCUACCGUUGAAACUGUUUGAAAAAAAUGCUUUGUGGAAUAAAAUUAAAAUUGCAAUAAGAAAAUGAGAACUUAUCAGGAAAAUAGUUUUGUAUUUAGAAUAACACAAAUUAAGGUGAAUUGGGAUAGAUGAUUAGACGUACAAAACACACCAAUUGAACGAAAGUAUUAUCUCGAAAAAUGAUAUUCCAAUUUGGUAAGACUGUAAGCAAUGCCGAAAUAUAUCUAUGUUAUAUACCCGUCAUGUAUAUAUAAUAGACAUAAGGGUGUUUUACGAGUUUUUAUUAUUAUUAGUAAUAUCAUUAGUAUUAUUAUUAUCAGUGGGGCAGAAUAUAUAUAGAGUUAAUGACGAGCAUAUACUGUCUUUUCAGAGAGAAAGGUCUGCGGUCUGCGCAUAGGGAUGGAAUAAUGGACAGAGUGGGGAGAUCGUUGCGCGCUACGCAGUGCCGUAUAUGUAAAUACGAUACAAUCGGGCGCUCAAACAAUUCCCUUUUUUUUUUUUUUUUUUGUAACUAUUGGGCUCGAACGUCCGCCCAUUUACCACUCUGCUAUUUACAGAAUAAUGGGCACUGCACGGACAGUACAGCGCUGAGAAAUGGGGGGCUUUCUCCGCGUCCCGUCGGAGGGACGAUGCGCAGGACGGACGAAUUUGCGUCGGUCCGCGAACCUUUCUCUCAUUGAAAAAACAAUAGUAUUGUGCUUACGAAGAUGUUAGACGACUUAAAAAAAAAAAAAAAACAAGGAUACACAGUUUUUGUUUCUAGUUACGUAUUUUCUCUCUUUUCUGUCUCUUUAAAAACGUCAGAUUAUUGUAAAUCUUACACUUUAAAAUAGAGAUAUUUUGAUUAGAGAUCUGACAUAUAUUUUGAUAAGAUUGUUGGAUUAGAGAUCUGACAUAUAUUUUGAUAAGAUUGUUGGAUUAGAAAUCCGAUAUAUAUUCUUUUAUAAACACACAUAUCUCCGAAGAAACCACACAUUAUCGUAUUAGUGUAUAAGAUUACUUUUAUUAUGUAAAAGCGUUUCUUUUAUAGGCGUUUGCGAAUUGCUCAAAGCAUAUUACAUAAUAAAAUGUUUCUAUCGACUUUCAAGUCUGCGGCACGCGAUAGUUUUUCGCAUGCGAGCUUCAGAACUUCAUCAAUAGUGUUUUGAUGAAAAUUUGAAGAAUCCGUCAAAUCGCUUCGCGAUGCUCUCACAACGCAGAGAGAAAGAGAGAGAGAUGCAUCGCGUGCGCCGCAGGCUUUGGUUCUCGUGAGUCGCGUUCGCGAGAAUUCGGUUCGUCGAUCGUUAACAAUCUUGGAAAAAUUGCGGCAGAUUAAAGCGAUCGCUGUUUGCAUAAAAUGACCGACGAAGUUGUAAUUCUAACACACACGUGUGUGAAUAGUAUAAUUGUGGUAUUCUUAGCGAACGUUUACUCACGUAGCGGAGCAGGAUGUUUUACGAACGACAUUACACGUCAUUCUCUAAGUAUGUCAAUUAAGAGAAAAGAGGCUGCAUACGUUUGAUAAAUGCUUUGAUGUCACACACUAACCUUCGUUAUAAUAUAAGUUCAAGAACUCUCAGUUUUGAUUUGAUAACAGGAUCUUUAAUUAAUUUGACAUUGAGGUUUCUUCAAUUGAUCCGUAUACAAUGGAAGCGUUCGUAAUCUUUAUUCAUUGUAUCUUAACUGUUGAAAUAAUCUCUAUGUUUUAUUUUGCGAAAAAUCAAUUUCAAAUAUAUCGCAAAGAUCGUUUUGUUUACAAAUUAAAAUCGAGAAUUCUCGUCAUAUUUGGUUUUGAUGUAAGAAAUACUUUUAAAAGUAAGUUUGUUUUGCACUCAUAACGGCGGUGAGUGAAUUAUUAUCGCGUUAUAAGUUUUGUUACAUAUAUGGUCGAGAGAAAAAGCUCACCUUGUACGCGAUGUGCGUGGUUGUAUAUUUUCGCUGCCAAAUGCAUCAUCUUCGAAUUAUGCAAGUAACAAAUUGCACAGCUUCGCAAUAUCGUUCGCACUAAUUACCACAGAAAUUGUGGCGACCAAACAUAUCAUAAAGUAACUUUUUUUUUAAUCGAUUUCUUUUCAUAUGUGUAUCUCUCAUAUCUGUUACUUUAGACAAGAUGUGAUAAAGACAGAGAUAACACAUUUGAGAGAUUAAAAAAAAAGUUUUUUUUCUGGAAAAGAAAGAUCUUUGUGUGUUACGAUUCUGAAGAUUCUUUUUCACCUAUUUGUGUUCUUUUGUCGGACAACAUCUGUUGUCAGACAAGAAUCCACAUAGAAUCGUGAGAAUUGUUCAUUCACAAAUUCUUCAAUACUUUAAGAUUUAUUGUGUGUAUGUAUGAAUAUUAUGAAUAAUAAAUCAUGAACAAUCUGAA